CUUAGUGACUGCGAUAGGAGAGCUAGCUUUGGAAGGCUACUCUCAUACAUUUCAGUACUAUCUUCUGCGUUAUUCCACUCAUUUACGUGUUUAUAUCAGUUUUUCGAGUAAGUAGAUGCAGGAAGCAAAUGCGAAAGCGAAGUGUCCUCUUCGAAGGUUUGUUUUUCCAAAGCAUAACUGCAAUUUAGAAAUAUAUAUUAGAGCAGUUUAUAGGGGUGCCAGAUCCGGGAUGGGAUGGAUCGGAUGGAUCGGAUGGAACGGAUGGACUUCCCACCAUUUCAAGUAGGACCGGAAGAAUCAGGGGGGUCCAUCCGAUCCAUCCGAUCCAUCCGAUCCAUCCAAGUCCAUCCUACAUCCGUUCUAUAAACUACUCUAAUAUAUUUCACUUUGUUCUGAUUAUUCAUACUCAGUCCGACCAGAAACAAAUAUAUAAGACCAUGUCUGCUUCAUCUACCCAGAUGAUAUUGGUUACGGUGUCGCCGUCGCGGAUGGCCUUAUGGCACAGCAGGGAGGAAAGUUUGAUGGAGAAGAGAAAUCGAGCGUGUGCCGCUUUACGAGAGAGCUGGAAAGACCGCAAAAGUCUAGACGUUGGCUUGUAUGUGUGCAACGGCACCCGAGAAGCCGAAUACAUAGUGCAGCAAAUAGAGGUACUCGGAGGACGAGAGGGACCUAGUUCUCCCAGCGGAGCAAGCGACAGUAGCACGAAAGUAGGACGAAACAAGAACAAGCAAAAAUCUUCUUCGUCGAGUGUAAUUCCUACGAUAGGUGGUGUGCUAAAAGCUACCCUUCCUUACACAGAGGAGUUCGCAACACAAUUCGAAUUACAGGCGCACGUGCUAGGAGCAGACCUAGACAUCGGGAAGGUCAUGAGCAAAAGGAGUAAUGGCAACGGAAUCUUCUUCGAGACGUGGGCGAAAUUGCAUGUGCUGCCCUUUGAUUAUGGAUGCAGCUCUUUCUUUGGAAUCAUCAUGAUAGAUUCCAUCCAACGUGGCAUUGUUCAACGAGAUUAUCAUGUCAUGAAAUAUGAUCCCUGGCCAACAUUAUAUUUCAAAAAUGGCCUAAAAAGAUGGCCGCCAGGGAUCAUCAACUACAUGGAUCACCACUUCCAAGUGAAGUACAUGCAUGAAAUUCAAAAAAUCACUUCUACAAGUACAAACUUCCUAGAAACACGAGAACCUCACAUCAACUUCUUCUUCUAAUUUGCAGACACGUUUGCGUACAACUACGAUCAUAUGUUUCACAAACAAGUGGUUCCAUUUCUGAGAAAGUCUCCGGUUUCAUUCCUAGGACUUCACCAUGAUUUUGCCGCGAACGGAGGUCGUUUCCGAGUGGAAGGAGUGCAGCUAGAUAGAACAGGUGCGACGGAGGUGGAUAAAAACGCGCCAGCAAAUUCCGAAGCUGAGAAAAAUUAUGCUUUGUUGUUGUUUCACUUUCAGAAACUGUGGCUGUGCCUCUGGCGUAAUCUUCUUCAUCUACUGCGACGUCUUCUUGUCGUCAAACUAACAUUGAGUAAGUCGAACUCUCUCAGCAAUGCAGCUUCCUGAUGUCCCUUCUAAACUCUUACCCUCGCCAUCGCAGGCCACCACACAAGUGUGUUUUACGAGGGACCCAAGCUGCGACGAGACCUCCUUGAGUACAUUCACGUGCAGCCAUACGAAGCAGGCCUCGAUGCUGAGUUCUACGACACUACGAAAGCAAAAAACAAGUAUCUAGAGAAAGCCGCAGAGAAGAACAAGAACCUCUCAAACUUGGGCCGCGAAGUGGACGAGAAAAAACUCAUGUUAAGGUAAAUUUUCAUUAGUCACUAUCUGCGCGUAGACUGACUAGGUUUGCUGAGAGAGUGCGUUUUUCCUCUUGAAGGUCAGUCAAGGUGGGGAUAUCGAGGGAAAGGAUGAAACAACACAACAUACAAGACACACUCUUCAAGUUCAACCAGGGAUACUUAGUCACUAUACGAUAGUGAAGAUUGACUAGCGUUAAUGAUGGACCAACUUUUGCGUGCGUACUUUCAACAGCGGUCGUCGCCUUUGCGGGUCGGCGAAUCUUUCCUACCCGCUCAUCGAGUGUGGAUCGAUCGUGGACGUGGGUUCUACAAAAACAUGAGAAGCGAAAACGAAGACGGUGAAAGUUCCAAAUCUCCCACUAGCAUUAGAGGAGGAACAAGUCCAGCAGCUGCAAAGAAUAAUAAAGGUAGUUCUGUUCUUGAGAGUGCAAAUCAGUUGAUAACGAGGUCGACCGAUCCACCAAUCAUAUGGUUCAAGGUGAUAUCCACCAAAGGUGGGGCGCAGGGGGUGGGUUGCAUAGGCCCGAACACCGAGAUUCGCUGUCGUGGCACAGCAGUGCGUGGUGACCCACCUCAAAUUCUAGACGAGGAGUUCAAUUAAGGCUCAAAUUUUUUAAGAUUAAGCUGGCAUGCAUAGUAUUUAUUUGUAAGGGGCCUGCCAUGGCCCUCCUAAUGCUAAUCCAUCAUCUCGAGAGAAGAGAUUUCUCAACAGCAACGAAGAUAUGCAUGAACCCAAUACAUCAAGGGGAAGGGAGAUGAUAGUGAGGCAUGUUCUUGCGGGACGAUCCCUACAGGGAUGAAUUUUUGGGGAACGCUCUAACUCAAGAGGGCCAUGCAGUUGGGUGGAGGAGGUAACGGAGGAGCUUCAUCUUCAGAGCCAGAUAAAUGUGUGGUCAUGUGACGAGACAUACACAAUCACAUAGUUGUCCACAUACCUCUAGGUUUAGCUACGCAGCAUGUUCUCUUUUUAUCAUCUGACUAUCUACAUGUACAUGAACAAUGACUCUUACUGGGUCACUCAGAGUACGACUUUUUUCUUCGGGCUCAGACUUCUCAUUCGGGUUUCUCAGACGACGCACAAAACAUCAUGUGGUCGUGAGUGGUUAAUCAUAUUCAACAUGAUCACGCAUAUCUGCAAAUUGUGCACGAGUUGGUAGAUCCCCAACUUUCGCAGUAGCAGUUACAAACUAUAGGC